AUGACUUUAGAAGUACUGAUUCUUCUUGUUACCUUGAUUUGGUCUGAUGCUGUGACUAUCGAUGUGAAAAUAAGUUGUUCUAUGGACUGGGUGAUGUUAUCAGUUAGCUCAAGUGCACAGGACAGAAAUCUGUAUAUAUUUGCUGAUGAAUUAUGUCUGGGAACGGACUGCCCUGCAACUCGGAUACAAGCCGAUGUAUAUGAUUUCGUAUAUCCUCUUCAUCAUUGCGGCAUACGGGCAAUGGUUGUUUCUGAGGAUACUCUCCUUAUUGAAACUGAGAUAUAUUUUACCCCAAGGAAUAUGAACUGUGACCGUCAGAAAUUUCCUUUGGAGUGUUCUGUUUCUAGGAAAUCAGUGUGGCUCACACCAGUUUCUACUGAUGAUGAAAUAAAAUUUGAUCCUAGUCCUUUUAUUGCUGACUUUGAGACAACAUCAGAAGAGUUAGGAUUAUUAACUUGCAAUCAAACUGGCUCCCCUCUAAAAGACAAAUGGACACUUGAAGUGGUAUUGAGAACUGCAGUGGGUCUCUGGCUCUCGCCCCGGGGGCUGCGGACUCCAAAAUCACAGCCUGCUCUUCAUACAGAGCCCUGCUGUUGCCACCACUGGGGCAUUGCAGCUGACUGGACAGCCACUGCAGUGCAGACACCGCCACCACAGCCGCUGCAGCCACCGCAGCUGCCGCCGGUAGCACAUCGCACCACCUGGGCUGGAGGUGAUUCACGAUUUCAGUCCUUGAAGCCCCUUCAGGGAAGAUCUGCUGGGAUCGCUGCCACCUCUCCUGCAACCAGACAUCCUGCCCACUGUGAGUCUCCUGCCUGUGCCCUGAGGCAGGCAUCCAUCUCCAGCUCGUGGGUUCCUGUCCGGCCCCACCCCCUCUGA